CAGUGGCUGUGUGUGUGUGUGUGUGUGUGUGUGUGUGUGCAAGUGUGCGCAUGUGCAUAGGUGACUUCCUCAGCUGCUCCCUGGUAUGGUGAGGAGGUUUAUUGUAGAGCCGGGAAGAAAGCAGUCAGAGGGCUUUGGAACAUGGCCAUGAGAGGAGAGUGAGUGGGGGAGAGCAAGAGGUGAGAGAAAGAGCAGAGAGAGUUCCAGGGAACCCAGCGGCUAAGAGGGAAAGAAGCCAGUAGCCAAAGUGCCUGAGGUUGUUAUAUAGGGAUUGGAGGCUGGGGGAAGGGAAGCCCAUUCCAGUCCCUGGGCUGGAAGAGUUUAGGGUAGGAAAUGGGGUGUGCCAGCCAUUACUCUGUAACAGGUACUGAGAGGCGCUGGGAGAGCCAGUAUCCGCUUUGAUAGGUAGGCACUUCGGCCAUUUGUCCUGAGUUUGAGAUAUAACAUUCUUCCACCUUAUUUAUUUACUUAUAUUUUUAUUUAAUUUUUUUAAACCUCAGGUUUUUAAAUGUGUGUGGGUAUUUUGCCUGUAUGCAUAUCUGUGUAGCACAUGUGUGCCCUGCCCUCAGUGGCCAGAAGAGGUCAUCAGAUCCCUGGAGUAGUGUGCUGUGUGGGUGCUGGGAACUGAACUUGGGUCCUCUGGAGUAGAAGUCAGUUCUCUCAGCUUUUUAACUGCUCUCAACCAUCUCUUCAGACAAGAUGGACAUCCCAGGCUGCCUUCAAACUUGCCAUACUUUUUCCUCUUUAGCAUCUCCUGGUGAAAAAUACCACAGCUAGCAUCUCCUCCUUGUUUUUUAGACCUAGGCCUAAACAAAUAAGGUUAGGGAAUGUUAGGUUUCAAGACCUCAUCUUUUCAGAAGGUGCUCACCACUGCGUCUAUGCUGGCUGGCUCCAGAGAUCCACCUGUCUCUGCAUCCUCUCCUCUCCCCUUCACCCCGACCCCCAGCACCAGAGUUUUGAGGUAACAGAUGCACUGUGCCCAGCCUUUAUGUGGAUGCAGUAGAUCUGAAUUCGGGUACCCAUGGUUAUGUGGCUGAAUCAUCUCCUUAGCCCCCUGUGACCCCCCUAAAAGAUAGGCUCUUAUUUAGUCCAGGCUGGCCUCCAGCUUGCUUUGUAAGUUAAGAUGACCUUGAACUCCCAAUCUUGCUGCUUUCCACCAAGUGCUGGAGCUUCAAGCAUGUACAGUCACCCUGUGCUGUCACCCUGGGUAUCUUACAAACUCUGUAAAAGUUCCUUUAAGGGCUGGCAAGAUGGCUCAGUAGAUAAGGUCCAAGUCCCUGUGAACAAGCUGAAUUAUCUGAGUUUAACCCCUGUGUCUUGUAGGUAGAUCUCUAUGAGCUCAAGGCCAGCCUGGUCUACAUAGCAAAAGUUCCAGGACAGCCCGGGCUACACUGAUGGUAAUUCAUGGCUAGUCACACUACCCACUAGGGCACCCAUUAGCUUACCUGCAUUCUACCAGGGACCAGCAUGUAGUCUCUUAAUUCUGUUGGCAGGAGAUCGCUAAGCUGUUAGAUGAGCAACUGAGGCAAACCCAAGUUCCCUUGCAGAAUUGUAGCUUUGUAAGGACAGUCUAUUUUAACAACUAGGUCCAGAGUUGACCAUGUUAACCAGCAGUUGGCUCCUAAGCACAGAGGCUGGGUGGAACACUUGGAAAAGUCAGGCUAGGGGCCUGCUCACUCUCUUGAGACCCAAGGUCUCUACAAUCCGGGAGUUCUGUGUUGGAACCUUUCAGAGCUGGGGCUCUGCUUUGGGCUCCCCAGAUAGUGCAUGACUUGGAGGAUGAGGAGAGAGCUGAAGUUAGCUCUCAGGCCGCAGUUCCCUUUCAAGGGUAGCUGAGUUAGUGGGAACUGUAGGUGUGACCUCUAGGGCUGUGCUUACAGUCACAGCCACUUAGUUGUUCAGCCUUUGGUUGUGUGUGAGCCUUAAUAGAGGGCACAGCCAUUGGGAUCUCACCUUGUAGGAGUUGGCUCUGCCCUGCUCUGUCUGUCUGCAUAGCACUUGGAAGGCUGAGGCAGGAGGAGUGCCAUGAGGCCAACCUGGGCUAUAAGAGUAAAACUUUUGUCUUAAAGAAGAGCAGCAACAACAAAAUGAAUUGGCCCAGCAACUCCAGGGUGCCUGACCCUCCAAGUUGUCACCACAGCUGGUGUGUGGAGUAUGGUAUAGAUAGAGCCUGUUCUGCUCUACGUUGGGGACCCAAUGCCACCUUUUACUAUAGCAGGUCCCUCUCCCCCUUUUACCUGGGGAUCAAGUGUUCUUAGCUGGGGAGCCAUCUCUCCAGGCCUAUUUGUUGGUUCUUUCAAGCAGCAGGUUCUUGUUUUGUAGGUUGUCCUUGAACUAAGGUUCCUCUUGCCUCAGUCUGUGUUGGGAUUAAAGGUGCUUGCCACCAUGUCUAGCUCCCCACCCGUUUUUUAAUAUAGUGGUAGUUCUGGAGAUUGAAUCUAGAACAUGCUCAGCUGAACUGCAGAUUUAGCCCUGGUAUAUUUAAAAAAUAUACUUCUGUAUUCUGUGGCUCUUUAGAUAGGGUAGCUCUUGGGGUAGCCUGAGGGUGGCUACAAGGCUUUUGCUUGAGACCCAGUCUUAGGUCAGUUUUACACUUUGGGGCAUAACAAGCAGGGCCCAGAGACUGGGUGAGUUGUUGGGAAGACUCCCACAGCAAUCCUAGGGUUAGGGUAGGGAUUAUAAUCACUGGGUAGCUUGCUCUCUGUUACUUCUCUAUGUAUGUAUGUAUGCGUGUAUAUGUAUAUAUUUACUUAUAUUGUUUAUAUGUAUGGGGGUCUAUAGAGGCCAGAGAGGGUGUUAAUUCCCUGGGUUAUAGUUACAAUUAGUUUUGAGCCACUAAACUCAGGUCCUCUAGAAGAAAUGGAGGGACUCUUAACGACUUAGCUCUGUCUUCAGCCUUCCCAUACACUUUAUUGAGACAGGGUAUCAUUAGCAUGUAGGCCAAGCUGACUUUGAAUUUGCUAUAUGGUUGAGGAUAGUCUUGAACUUGUCUCCUAAGUGCCUGCUCCUGACAUGUUGCCACCUUGCCCAUCACCGAAUCUUUUUCUUGCUUGUUUUUUGAGACAAGAGUCUUCCUGUGUAGCCCAGGCUGGUCUCAAAACUCCCACUCAUCUAGCUAGCAUCAGCCUGCUCAGUGCUGAAACUACAGGGCUGGGAGGAAGGAGGCAUCCUGGGCUGAAGCAGGAAGGCUGGAUCUCUCUCCCUACCAUAAGCUCUAAUGAAAGGGAGGCCUCAUCUCAUCUGUCAAGUGGGAGACCUGGCUCUCUCCCAAGGCUCACACUCCCAGCCUAGCCAACAUUCCACUGACCCCCGAGACCCAGAGGGACCAGGAAAGGCGGAUUCGACGCGAGAUUGCCAACAGCAACGAGCGGAGGCGCAUGCAGAGUAUCAACGCGGGCUUCCAGUCCCUCAAGACCCUCAUUCCCCACACAGAUGGAGAGAAGCUCAGCAAGGCAGCCAUUCUCCAGCAGACAGCAGAAUACAUCUUCUCUCUUGAACAGGAGAAGACUAGACUCCUGCAGCAGAACACACAGCUCAAGCGCUUUAUCCAGGAGCUGAGUGGCUCAUCCCCGAAGCGGCGGCGGGCGGAAGACAAGGAUGAGGGCAUUGGCUCACCCGACAUCUGGGAGGAUGAGAAGGCUGAGGACCUUAGGAGAGAGAUGAUCGAGCUGCGACAACAGCUGGACAAGGAGCGCUCCGUGCGGAUGAUGCUGGAAGAGCAGGUGCGCUCCCUCGAGGCCCACAUGUACCCGGAAAAACUCAAGGUGAUUGCCCAGCAGGUGCAGCUGCAGCAGCAGCAGGAGCAGGUGCGGCUGCUGCACCAGGAGAAGCUAGAGCGGGAACAGCAGCACCUACGGACCCAGCUCCUGCCUCCUCCAGCCCCCACCCACCACCCCACAGUGAUCGUGCCUGCACCAGCCCCGCCUUCCUCCCACCACAUCAAUGUUGUCACCAUGGGUCCCUCCUCAGUCAUCAACUCUGUCUCUACAUCCCGGCAAAAUCUGGACACCAUUGUGCAGGCCAUCCAGCACAUUGAGGGCACCCAGGACAAACAGGAGCUGGAAGAGGAACAGAGGCGAGCAGUUAUCGUGAAGUCUGUCCGCAGCUGCCCAGACGCCCACACCUCUGAUACCGCCUCGGACUCCGAGGCCUCGGACAGCGACGCCAUGGACCAGAGCCGGGAGGAGCCUUUGGGGGACGGGGAGCUUCCCUGACCACCCCCAGCCCUCCUCUCCCUCCUGGGGGCUAGAGGGGGCCGGGGUAACAACAGGGAGAAACAUGGGUGAAUGAGAAAUUUUUACAAAAUUAUGAUGUCAUUUGGGUCUCUUUUAUGACCUCCUUUUCAAUACUGUAAGUCGACCUUUGAUCGAAGCCACCGGAGCCCAGGUCCCGGGGUUGUGGUGGUAUAUAGCACGCGUGGGAGCAUCGGGACUCCAGGGCUGGACCUCGGCCCUGGGGCCAGGGAAGCUGACACUGAGGUGCCUAGCCUCUCUCGCCAAAAAGCUUUUUUAUUUUUGUUUUGUUUUUGUUUUUUCCUUCCAUUUAAACGUGUUUUUAAGAACAGGGAAAAUCAAACAAAACCCCAAGGUAUUUGCUCCCGCCCCAGAGCCAGCCCGAGGCUGUCGUUCCUCACCCCUUCCCUCUGUCGGGUUAUCUUUUUCUCUUUUAAGCACUUACAUGGGUUGGGGUCAGGCUGGGUUGGGGCGUUCUGGGGACCCGGGGGAUGGGGGAUGGGGAUCGGUGAUCGACAUUGCUUCUCAGUUGGGGUUUGCUGCUGCAGUUGUCCCCUCCCUCUCCCCACCUCAGCACCAGAAUUGGCCACUCUCUGCCUUCCCCUCCAGGGUUCCUGUUAUUGACCCCAAAAAUGUCUUUGUCUCUCUUUUUGUUUUGUUUGUUGUUGGUUUUAUUUUGGUUUUGGUUUCUGUAUUUUUUUAAUUUUAAUUUUUCUUUUCUUUUUUUUCUUUUCUUUUUUACAAUUUUGAGGUCUUUGUGUCCAAGGAGAAGCUAUUAUAUUUUGUUAAGAAAAUGGGGGUAGGGAACAAAAUACCAAGAGGCCAUUGUGCCUUUGUAAAGAAACAAAAUAAAGUUUGUACUUGGUUUUUUAGA